GAAAGGUUGGACGGAGUUUAUACGCCGUUAUAUUUUAAACCAAUCAAAUAACAGAAUCGAAUAAUCGGCGGGAUUUCCGGAUUUAUGUAAACAGAGGUCUUCUGCAAAUUCUGAAAAUUUAAGGACUGAAAAAAAAACCUAGUAUGGCACAGAUGCAGGCUCAAAGGUCAAAUCAGGUCCAGGAAGCUGAUGAAGAAACAUUUGGUCCAUUACUACUCUCAAGAUUAGAGGCACAUGGAAUCAGUGCUACAGAUGUUAAGAAGAUGGAAGAAGCUGGUUUCUAUACUGUUGAGUCAGUAGCUUAUGCACCUAAGAAAAAUUUAUUGGCUAUUAAAGGCAUCAGUGAAGCUAAAGCAGACAAAGUGCUGGCUGAAGCAGCUAAACUUGUUCCAAUGGGUUUCACAACAGCCACAGAAUUCCACCAGAAAAGAUCAGAGAUUAUCCAAGUAACAUCUGGGUCUAAAGAACUAGACAAAUUAUUACAAGGUGGUAUUGAGACGGGUUCUAUAACUGAGAUAUUUGGUGAAUUCAGAACAGGAAAAACACAACUUUGUCAUACUCUUGCAGUAACAUGUCAGUUACCUAUAGAUAUGGGUGGUGGUGAAGGAAAAUGUUUAUAUGUAGACACAGAAGGUACAUUCAGACCAGAGAGACUGCUAGCUGUUGCAGAAAGGUAUGGGUUAUCUGGUAGUGAUGUGUUGGAUAAUGUAGCUUAUGCCAGGGCUUACAACAGUGACCAUCAGUCACAACUUCUUAUACAAGCAGCUGCUAUGAUGGCCGAAUCAAGGUAUGCAUUGCUAAUUGUUGAUAGUGCCACAGCUCUGUACAGAACAGAUUAUUCAGGGAGAGGGGAACUCUCUGCCAGACAAAUGCAUCUUGCCAGAUUUCUCCGGAUGUUGCUCCGAUUAGCAGAUGAGUUUGGUGUGGCUGUGGUAAUAACAAAUCAAGUUGUAGCACAAGUUGAUGGUGCUGCAAUGUUUUCCGCAGAUCCUAAGAAACCAAUUGGAGGAAAUAUAAUAGCCCAUGCUUCCACAACCAGAUUGUAUCUUCGAAAGGGGAGAGGAGAGACAAGAAUAUGUAAAAUUUAUGACUCACCGUGUUUACCUGAAGCCGAGGCAAUGUUCGCAAUAAACGCUGACGGCAUAGGGGACGCCAAAGAUUGAUAGCGACUAGAGCAUUAUGGGAAUAUGAAGACUGAAAUUGUGAAGAUAUCUGCCGCAAUAUUGACCCAGGUGAUUCAAGGAAAUCAUGUAUGUGUCAUGAGAAAGCAAGAACGCUUCAAAAAACUUUUCAAUGGGAAAGAUAUUAUACAAUACCUGUGAAGACAACACUUACCAUUCAUUUGAAAUGAUUUCUUUUUAUUUCAAUUAUUUAUUUGUACUUCUUUGUACUGCUGCAUAGUGGAUAUGAUAUGUAUAAUUGACAUGCAGAAAUACUUUGUAUUGUAGAAUUACAAUGUACAUAUACGUGUAGCAAAGAUAUAUGUGCUAGCUGCUGCCAUGUGCCUGAACCCAUAAGUAUAUGCCUUGCUUUGAAACUGAAUAUGUUAAUGAGAUGGUCACAGAAUUCUAUAAUUGAAAAGCCAACAAGAUAAAAAAAAAAAGAGCCUGGUUUACUUCACUCACUUUAAUCAUAAGUCAAUUAUUUUUGCUAUGGUCACAAGCUUGCCAAGGUUUCAAGUUAUUCUAUGUAAGAAAUUAUAGAAUCUCCACAUGUGAAUAAUGUGUGAAUGAUUACUAAAUACAAGAGUGGGUGCAUUGAAAAUAAGUAGGGAAACAAAUUUAGCUUGAUCAUGGGUACAUCAGCAUUUAUUUGUUGAUAUGUUAGAAUGGAAAUAAUAUAUCCCAGACUUCACCCUCGUGAUAUAAUUCGAUUAUUCCUCGCAUUUUAUUUCGCAAUAGAAUCACUGUUGGGGAUAUAUUAUUUCUUACAAUUUUAUCAAUAUAGGGUUAACAAACUGAUUUGUAUUUUCUUUUGCAAUAAAUUUUUUUAUAUUCACAAAGAAUAAUAGCAUGAAAGUAUUUUGUUGAUUUAUAUCAUAGUUAGUUUUUAUUUUAUUAUCUUAACUGUUGUAAAUGUUGCAUAUAUGUGUAUUUACAUACUACUGUACGGGCAUGUUUGAAAAAUAACAGACUAGAAUCAUUCUGGUUAUAAAUUCUUAAAGCUAUGUGGUUGCUUAAAUUAUUAAAAGAUAUUUUAAAAUUACUUGGUAAGUCUGAAGUUUUUCUGUUGAGAUUGCAUUUCAUAAGUCUGCCAUCCUUUUCUGUCUGUUAUCAGUUUGACUCCCUGUAAAAUUAACAGGGAAGGACUGAAUAUAAGAAGAAUUUUUAUUGGACAUUUUAAAAUUACAAACUGAAAUUGGUGAAUCUCAUUGGUCAUUCUGAAAUCAAAUAUAAAGUACAGUUCUUACCAUUCUAAAAUAAGAUAUAAAGGAUAAUUCUUACAAUUCUAAAACAAAAGUUUAUGAAUAUCUCUAAGAUUAAAUAUAAGGGAUGGUUUUGCCGAUAUAAAAUAAAAAGUAAAGGAUAGUUCAAAAUAGCAUGUACAGGAAUGAGGAUAGUUCUUGAACUUUAAGGUAAAUUUGUAAAUGAUUACAAAGUUUGUAAAGUCAAACGUAAAAGAAGUAAAACGGACAUCUUAAAUAGAAAUUUUCCUACUUUGAAAAAUCAUCAAUAUCAAUAUGCUAUAAUUUAAUUUCAAUGUUUACAAAAUGGGUAUUUUCUUAUCUUCAGAAAAUAAUUAUUAUGGUAUGUUAUUGUUAUGCAAACAUUGCUAACAAUUCUUUUUGUAUUGAAAACUUAAAAAUAGCAUAAUGUUGCCUGUUAAUCAGUUUUACUUCGGCUUUAAAGAUACUUCUGGUUUCCAUUAUUCACACAUGUAUUCUAUUUUUCUUAGCAUCUUUUUUAUGGCCUAAUAUAACAGCUGGUU